ACUUUUUAUUUGGUGAAAAUAAAGAAAUUUUGCUUUCGUUAGAAAAAUUAUUUCCUUAAUAAUAAGAAAAGUACAUAAAAUAAAGACUAAUUGAAACUGAAGACAAACUACUAAUAAUUCAAUAAUUGUGCUAGAAAAAGUGCUGAAGCAGAUCGAAAAAGAAAAGAAAAACUAUUUUUUUUGGACAAGUGUUAAUUGAACAAAUAAAUUAUUAAAAUAAAAGAAAGAAAAAAAAGUUGAUUGAGAUCUUCUUGAAUUGAAAUGUGCGAUUGCCAAGUUCGAUGAUGAAUUUGGAACACAUUAAAUCAAUUAUUUGAUAAAAGUAUUUAAUCGUAUCAUGGGACAAGAGAAAUCUCUUCCCUCUCGAUGUAACUCUGCAAGUAUUUCUAAUCACUCUUCAGCUGCCUCCUCAACGUCUCUAAAUUCUACAAAGUCACUGACGCCAUCGCGUUCACCAUCAACAGCAUCAUCUUCCGCAUCAUCUACAGCAUCGUUUAAAAGUGUAGAACAGCAAACAAAAUAUUUGAACGAACAUUUGUACAUAAAAUCGUACUUGGAAAUUGAUAAAGAACAUAUCGUCAAGGCACAACUAUUUAAUCAAAUAAGGCCGGGCAUACGAAAUUAUAAGCCAAAGAUAUUGAAAGAUAAACUAAUACAAGAGGAACUUGACGUGUGGAUUUAAUAAUAAUAAAAAAUAAUUAUCUUCUACUAAUUUAAUCACAUAAAGGUCGCAACUCAAAUAUUUAUUUUAAAUUAAACGAUUAUUCAAUAUUGAUAAGCAUAAUACUCAAACAUAAGAAUAUAAAAGAUGUCAGCAUUAGCACUUUUUUCAUCAAUAGCGGCAAUUACCUCAUCACCGGUGACAUUGCUUAGCAUGAUACCACUCGUGGCAAUUGGAUUAAAUUAUUAUCGUUAUACAAAUUCUGACCCUGAGUCGCAUCCAAUCGACGUUCCUGUUCUAAGGAAGCAUUAUGAUUUUAUAGUAGUUGGGUCGGGAUCUGCCGGUGCAGUUGUGGCUGCACGAUUAUCAGAAAUUGAGAAUUGGAAUAUUCUAUUACUUGAAGCUGGUGGUGAUGAAACUGAGGUUAGUGAUGUGCCAGCAUUGGCUGGUUUCUUACAGUUAUCGGAUUUAGAUUGGAAAUACAAAACAGUACCGCAUCCACAACGGUCCUAUUGUGCAGCCAUGAAAAACGAUCAGUGUAAUUGGCCAAGAGGAAAAGUUCUUGGUGGAUGCACUGUACUGAAUGCUAUGAUUUACGUACGAGGUAAUAAGCGUGACUAUGACUAUUGGGAAUCAUUAGGGAAUAUUGGAUGGGGACAUAAAGAUGUAUUGCCGUAUUUUAUUAAGUCUGAAGAUCAACGUAAUCCGUACUUGGCACGUUCACCAUAUCACGGAACUGGAGGUUAUUUAACUGUUCAAGAGGCGCCUUGGCGAACACCAUUGUCCGUGACAUUUAUUAACGCACUCAAAGAAAUGGGCUAUGAGCAUCACGAUAUCAAUGGAGAGGAACAAGUUGGCGCAAUGUUUACUCAACUUAAUAUGAGGCGCGGUUCACGAUGUUCAUCAUCAAAAGCAUUUUUAAGACCAAUUAGACUUAGGAAAAAUUUACACGUUGCUAAAUUUGCACAUGUUACGAAAAUUUUAAUUGAUCCAAAUACCAAGAGGACGUAUGGCGUUGAAUUUGUAAGAAAUAAUAAGCGACAAGUCGCAUAUGCUACAAAGGAAGUUGUAUUGUCAGCAGGAUCAUUAAAUUCGCCACAAUUAAUGAUGUUAUCGGGAAUUGGACAUGCACAACAUUUGCAAGAAAUGGGUGUACCAGUUAUAUCAGAUCUUCCAGUAGGCGAUAAUAUGCAUGAUCACAUUGGUCUCGGAGGUCUUACUUUCCUUGUUAAUGAACCAGUGACUGUAAAAACAAGUCGUUUUGCUAACGUUCCCAGCUUCUUAGAGUACGUUAUGCAUGAGAAAGGGCCCAUGACUUUCCCAGGUAUCGAAGGUGUCGCAUUUGUCAACACAAAAUAUGCAGAUCCAUCGGGAUUAUGGCCUGAUGUACAAUUUCAUUUUGGACCGAGUUCUAUUAAUUCUGAUGCUGGAUUACACAUUAGAAAAAUUACGAAUUUAAAGGAUAAUGUUUAUAAUACUGUGUACAAACCACUAGAAAGUGCUGAAACGUGGACAAUUCUACCACUAUUACUUCGUCCAAAAAGUUCAGGCUACGUGAGAUUACAAAGUCGUAAUCCUUUCGUACAGCCGCGCAUUGAGCCAAACUAUUUUGCAUUUAAAGAGGAUAUUGCCGUUUUGACCGAGGGUAUCAAAAUCGCUAUGAAUGUAUCAAAUACAGCAGCAUUUCAACGUUUUGGCUCCAGACCGCAUACAAUACCAUUCCCAGAAUGUCGUCAUAUACAACUUUUCACAGAUGAAUAUUGGGAAUGUGCUAUGCGACAAUUUACAUUUACUAUUUAUCACCCAACAGGUACAGCAAAAAUGGGUCCAAAUUGGGAUCCAACAGCAGUUGUUGACUAUAGAUUAAGAGUUUACGGGGUUUCGGGUCUUAGAGUAAUUGAUGCCAGUAUAAUGCCAGCAAUUGUUAGUGGUAAUCCAAGUGCACCCGUUAUGAUGAUAGGUGAGAAAGGUGCAGACAUGAUAAAAGAAGACUGGGGUGUCAUAAAAAUUCACUGAAAAUUGAUUUGAUUAUUUUAUCAAGUAUACAACAUAUGGAAAUGAAGAAAAUAUUGAAAAAAAAAUGGAAUGAAUUCUCGAUGUGCCUAUCACUUAAUGACUACGCGAUAUGUUGUACUAAAUUUUCUCUUUCUUGAAGGCAAUAAAGAUUAAAAAGUUGGAAAGAGUAAUCGAUGAGAUCGUCUGACGAAUAACUUCAAGUAACUACUAGUCAGUGACAUUAUUAAUUUUUUUUUCUUAUUUGGUGAAUACGAGUGAAAUUCAGCAUGUGUACUGAAUUGUUAAUUACAGUUACAUACCUUAAUAGACGCAUUUUAUAUAAAAACAAGAAAUUAAUUGUUUAAUUAAUAAAGUUAAAUUUUUUUUAAUGUAUCUCAACUUCUCAUUGAAAUUAAGCUCAAUGAAAUUUAAUUAUAUUUUACUAUCUGAACAUUUAAAUUAGGCAUCUUUAACUGACG